CAGAUGCACGCGCGUGAUCGAUAACACCUUUAAAACCCUCUGUUUUCUUCUGUUUCUUUCCCAUUCAUUCUUGUUCUAAACUCCAAAGCGUGCCACUCUCCUCUCAUUACUCUUUUUCUCAUUUUUCUUUUUCUCUCUUUGCACAACGAAUCAAUUACUCUCUUCACGUUUUCUUCUUCCAUUCCCACACAAAACCAAAACAACUUCUCUAUCAUCAUUACUAUUAUUUUAUCUAACUUAAAAUCUCUACCCCACUCCCAACCAACCCAAUAGUAUCUUCUUUUAUUUCUUAUUUCAUCCUUUCAUUUCACAGUUCUGUUUCAUUAAACAUGUAUAAGUUUGAGAACACGCGUAGAGAAAAACGGUUUCAGUUUCACAGCCAAGCUGAAAUUGAAACCCCCUCUUUCUCUUCCAUUGUUCUUGACAAGAUUUACCGUUCCAUCGACGAAGAAGAGAGAAAAAGUUCCGAUAAGAAAUUCUACACAGAAACUACAGUCAACAGAAUGAGCAAAAUCAAUGCUAAAUGCAAUAGAUUCCACCAAGAAGAACAAAAUCAGAGAAAAUUGCAUCAUGAUUGCGAUCGUGAUCAAGAUGUUAUGUUCUUCAGUUCCACUUCAAGCUCUUCAGAUUCAAGUUCUGGAUUAUUAUCUUCUUCCUCCGAUACAGAAUCAAUGUACCGAGAGAAAUCACAAAAUUCAUGUUUCGCUCAUUCCAAGCCUAAGCCGGUGAAAAUAGGGGUUCCUCCAAAGAGAAGCAUUGCCAAAGACGAAGAUACAUUCAUCAAAUCAAAAUCAAGAGCGAUGAAGCUUUACAACAAUCUCAAAAAGGUGAAGCAACCAAUCUCACCAGGUGGAAAACUCACAAGUUUUCUCAACUCUCUCUUCAUAAACACGAAGAAAACAAAAACUGAUGUGAAUGCAGAGAGAACAUGUAAACCAGGACAAACUUCAACUUGUUCUUCAGCUUCUUCGUUUUCUCGUUCUUGUUUAAGUAAAAACUCAUCUACGUCAAGAGAUAAAUCGCGUAAUGGCGCUAAAAGAACGGUGCGUUUUUGUCCAGUAAGUGUGAUUGUUGAUGAAGAUAAUCGACCUUGCGGUAAUAAAUUUUUGAACGGAGAAGAAGAUUCAGGUCUGACGGCAUUGUCUGUUCCAACGGCAUGGAAAAUUGGACAAACAGUGAGUAAGAAGAAAGAACAAGAGGUUUCGAAUAUGAACAAGAGAGUGGGUGAUGUUCUAAGAGAGUUUCAUCUUAAUCGAAAGCUUAUGAGAGAUUUUUCUACGAGAAAAAACGAGAAGGAUGAUGAUGACGUGGCAAGUUGUUCAAGUUCCGAUCUUUUCGAGCUCGAUCACUUAGCUUUGAUCGGAAAUGAUAAGUAUUAUUCAGAGGAUUUGCCUGUAUUUGAAACUACUCAUGUUCGUUCCAAUCGUGCCAUUCGGAUAGUGUAAUUCUAAUUUUUAAUUAGUAGAACCAUAUGAUUAAUUAACUAUAGUUAUUUUGUUAAUUUGUUCUUGUUAGACAUG